AUGUUAGCUUUCAACAGGACCAAUCUUCAACCUGUCGUCUUCCUUCUACUUGGCAUUCCAGGGUUGGAAACUGCCCACAAAUGGAUCUCUGUCCCUUUCUGCCUGGUCUACAUAUUGUCACUGAUGGGAAAUACCACUCUUUUGUUAAUUGUCAAGACAGAUCCAAAACUGCAUGAACCCAUGUACCUCUUUCUAUGUAUGCUCUCUGUAGCUGAUUUGAUGCUUACUUCUACUACACUUCCGAAGAUACUGAGCCUCUUCUGGUUCAAUGACAGAGAGAUCUACUUUGAAGGCUGCCUCACUCAAAUGUAUCUUAUCCACUCUCUGUCUACCAUGGAAUCUGGAUUUAUCUUGGCCAUGGCUUUUGACCGCUAUGUGGCCAUCUGUCACCCAAUGAGACAUUCCAUUAUCCUAACACCAACAGUGAUUGUAGACUUAGGUUUGGUUAUUGUCUUCAGAGGAGCUGUACUCCUCAGUCCACAUCCCUUCUUACUCAGGUGGCUUUCCUACGGCAGAACAAAUGUCAUCUCCCAUACCUACUGUGAGUUCAUGGCCCUAAUAAAGCUAGUUUGUACUGAAACCAAGAUUCAUAGAGCUUACAGCCUAAUCAUAGCAUUCCUGACGGGAGGACUGGACUUCAUAUUGAUCAUCUGUUCCUAUACCCUUAUUCUUCUAACUGUCUUCAACCUCCCAUCCAAAGCUGCUCGCCACAAGACCUUAAGCACCUGUGUCUCCCAUGUAUGGGUCAUCCUGGUAUUUUAUACACCAGCCUUUUUCUCUUUUCUUACUCAUAGGUUUGGCCACCACAUUCCUCCACAUAUCCACAUUUUUAUAGCUAAUAUAUAUCUUCUUAUCCCACCCAUGAUGAAUCCUAUUAUUUAUGGUGUUAAAACUAAAAGGAUCAGGGAGAGAGUCUUUAAAUUCUUAACAGUAAAAGGUUUCUGA